AUGAAGCUCAGGCCGCUUUCGUCCGUGCGGUGCGCGCCAUCGCCGCUGGGGGGCGGGGGGAAGAGGAGGACGGUGGUGGUCGCCCUGCGCCGGGACGCCGCCGGUAGGGAGCUGCUCACCUGGGCGCUCGUCAAGGCUGCCGCCGCUGGCGACCGCGUCCUCGCGCUCCACGUCGCCGACGCCGCAGACGGAGGACGGAUGGAGACAGGAGAGGAGAGGAGCGGAGCCGCAGAGUCUCUCGCAUCCGUGCUCAGCGCGUACAAGGGCUUCUGCGACCGCAACCAGAUCGACCUGGAGCUCAGGCUCUGCGAGGGGCCAUCCAUCAAGAGGACUCUGGUCGCCGAGGCGACCUCCUCCGGCGCCGCGCACCUCGUCCUCGGCGUCGCAAAGAGCUCCAAGCCUCUCGGAUCGUCCGCCACCGCGAUCGCGAGGUUCUGCGCCAAGAGACUGCCCCCCAGCUGCACGGUCACGGCGGUCAGCAACGGCAUGAUCGUGUACCGCAGAGAUGCCAUGCAGCAGCAGCAGCAGCAGCAGCAGCUCAGUCACUACAGCGCAAUGGUGGAGACGCCGCGGAGGCUCUACCGGAAGAUCCUCGACGCGACGAUGACCAUGGGAGACAAAGCUCAGGAUGACCUGGUGAUCGGUGACGGCAGGUCCUUGCGACGAAACAUGUCCGUGUCGAUGAAUGCCCUGGUCUCGCCGAGAGUGAAGUUAGCGCCGGGUCCGGUGAGGUGUCAAGGGCAGGAACCGCAGGAGGUGGCCGUCGGCUGGCCGCUCCUAAGGAAGGACAUCAAAUCUGCCUUGCCGGACUCGUCGGAAAUUUCUGUGGUUCAGUGGGCGAUGCAGCUCCCGUCCCGGUGUUCAGAAAUAUCGCCGGCGAAUUCAGACCAGAUCUCCGAUGACCGGGGAGUAUCUCGAUCGGGAACCGAUUUGGGAAAGCCGUCUCCUGUUAUCGAGGAAGCUAAGAAGCAAGUCCCACAGGAGCUGGUCUCACUCAGAGAGAAGUACUCAUCAAAGUACACCGUGUUCAGUUACAGUGAGCUUGCAAAGAUCACAGAUGGCUUCUCUCCAGAGCAAAUAGUCGGGAAAGGCGGCGCAGGCCGGGUUUACAGGGCCUGUACCCAAGAUAGCAAGGAGCUGGCGGUGAAGGUCCUAAAAUCUUCAGACGAGGCUAUGAAUGAGUUCGUCUCCGAGAUAGAUAUCAUCAGCUCCGUCGAGCACAAGAACGCCAUGUCCCUCGUCGGGUUCUGCCUCGACGGCGGCAACCUCAUGCUCGUGUACGAUUACAUGCCGCGAGGCAACCUGGAAGAGAUGCUGCACGGUGAGGAACAAGGAAGUGCCGUGUUCGGCUGGCCGGACAGGUUCAAGGUGGCCGUCGGCGUGGCGCGCGCUCUCGAGUACCUCCACGGUGACGGCGACCACCGUCCUGUGAUUCACAGGGACGUCAAGUCCUCCAACAUCCUCGUCUCCGAUGACUUCGAACCAAAGUUGUGUGACUUCGGCCUCGCGAUGUGGGCGGCGGACGCGGCGUCGCAGGUCACCGGCGAUGACGUCGCCGGAACAUUCGGAUACCUGGCUCCGGAGUACUUCAUGCACGGCAAGGUCAGUGACAAGAUCGACGUGUACGCGUUCGGCGUCGUCCUCCUCGAGCUCAUCUCCGGGAGGAAGCCGGUGAGCGCCGGCGGCCCCAGGGGCCAGGAGAGCCUCGUGAUGUGGGCGAACUCCGUCAUACAAGGAGGAAAGCUCAUGGAUCUCGUCGACCCGAACCUACCGCCGGCCGACGGCGACGCCGGUGAGGUCGAGAGGAUGGCCCUCGCCGCUGCCCUCGGCAUCAGGCGAGAGCCGCAACGACGGCCGAGCAUGAGAAAUGUCCUGAAGCUGCUCGCCGGCGACGGCGACGCCGUCAAGUGGGCGAAGUCACGGGUCGGUGUGCUGGGCGACGAUCACGAUGACUGCGGCGUGGUCACUUCGCCGGACGAGAACGACAUUCAGUCGUACAUCAACCUGGCGCUGCUCGGCAUAGUCGACGACGACGCCGGGUCGGUUGGCAGCGUCGACUUCGUCGGCACAAACAUGCCGUUGGAGGAGUACAUGAAGGGAAGAUGGAGUCGGUCGUCCAGCUUCGACUGA